AUGCAAAGGUCUAGAAUUGAAGCUCUUCUAGCAUCCUUUCCAAAGUUGGCUGAUUCUGGAACUCAACAUACGACGGUGGAGCAAGACAAUGUGCGAUUUGUGUACCAGCCACUGGACGAAUUAUACAUGGUCCUCAUUACGAACAAGCAAUCCAACAUCUUACAAGAUAUCGAUUCCUUGCACCUAUUCGCGCAGGUGGUCACUAGCACAUGCAAAACCUUGGAUGAGAGAGAGAUUUUAAAGAAUGCAUACGAAUUGCUUAGUGCAUUCGACGAGAUCGUCACACUUGGAUACAGGGAAAACCUUACAAUUAGCCAAAUCAAGACAUUCUUGGAGAUGGAGAGUCAUGAAGAAAGGAUACAAGAAAUCAUCUCAAGAAAUAAAGAACUCGAGGCCACGGAAGAGCGCAAGCGCAAAGCAAAACAAUUGGAAAUGCAGCGCAAGGAGGUUUCAAGGAGUGGUAGAAGUGCUAUACCAAGUAGGCCACAGUAUCCCACAUACACACCACCUACGCAAUCCGCAAACACCGAAACCUAUGAUUCAUAUGAAGCUGCCAAAAAUAAAACUUUCAAAGCUAGCGCACCGAAAGGCAAAGGAAUGCAAUUGGGAAAGAAGUCGAAGACUACAGACAUGUUUGAAAGAGUUCGUGGAGAUAUGGGUGCUGAAGUAGAAGAAACUGUCUCAUCGCCACUUAUUCCAAAUCAUCCUACACCAGCUGCUGCCGAACAAACCCCUCACACUCCCUCCGCAAUGGACCGUGAUGCUAUUCACGUUACUAUCUCGGAGUCGAUCAAUGCCAAAUUAUCUCGAGAUGGAUCACUCAAUUCCUUGGAGGUUAAGGGUGAUUUGAACUUGAGGAUCUCAGACCCUACACUUACCAAGGUCAAAUUAGAUAUCGUUGCCAACCAGAGUCAUGGAGUGCAAUUCCGCACGCAUCCAAAUGUCGAUAAGGGAGCAUUCAAUGGAUCUAAAGCCAUCCAAAUGAGCAAUGUUUCGAAGGGCUUCCCUGUCAAUAAUUCGGUUGGUGUCCUAAGAUGGAGAGCUCAACCAAAGACAGAUGACACCAGUGCCUUACCAAUUCAAUUCACUGUAUGGGUUGUUGGUGGACAAGGCGAUCCUCUCAACAUUACUGUAGAAUAUGAACUUACAGGAGAGGACCCUCUUCAGGAUGUUACCGUUACUAUUCCAUACGCCUCGAGCGAGCCCGCAGUAUCUAGCUUCGACGCAACGUAUGAAGUCUCUGGGGAUAGCCUUGAAUGGACGAUUGGAUCUGUGGAUUCCUCUAAUGGAGCUGGCUCUUUUGAAUUCGAAGUCCAGGAUGGGGAUGAGAAUGAUUUCUUCCCAAUGCAAAUUAAAUUUGCCAAAACAAAGCCUUUUAUUGAUGUUGAUGUUACCGAAGUCACAUUACUAGAACUAAACGAGGCCGUAGAUUUCUCAAAGGAUAUCAAGUCGGUCGCUGAUUCUUAUCUGGUGGAAUGCAAUUUUAUUCCAGCGGACAAGAUGGUGGAGGUCAAGCGUCUCGAGCUACUCGGCGAGAAAACUUUGCAUCAAACGGUGAAUCCUAAACUGCUCGUGUAUUGUCCGUCGAUGGACCUGAUAGCAUUGGGUAGCACAGACCAGCAAGUUUUAAUCUACCGUUUGAAUGGACAGAGAGUUUAUGGGGCUGCACAGAAAGUCAAUACUCUUCGUGUUGAAAAAAUUAACUGGAAACCAAAUGGCCAAUUACUAGCAAUCGCCUGGAGUGAUGGAUCUGUACGCCUCAUAGGGGCAGAGAGUACAAAGGUGGUUCACCAUUUCUCUACAACUUCAGAUGAUCAGGAGUUCUCUGGGGUCACGUGUAUGAGUUGGAGUUCAAAUACAAUUGGUAGAAGAGUUGAGAGUAAAGCAUCAAAGCUUGUCCCAGAUACAUUAAAGGAAAUAUUUGAGGAUGAGAAGCAACUGUCAACAGAGAAGGCCGUCUUGGACUUGCCGAAAGAUCUCACCCUCCUUGACAUUGAACCUAGCCUGCCAAAGCUAAGUGUACUCCCUGCAGGAGGAACCUCAGAUGAAGUUUUUAGCUCCAGGUCUUCUUUAGAUGCACUUUUCCGACCCUUCGACCCUGAAGAUAAUGACAUGGCCGAUGUCAUGGUGGUUGGGACGAAGGAAGGCAACAUCCAUCUGAGCAUCUACGACUCAUUUGUUGUAGGAUCUUUCAAAUCCCCAGUCAUAGUUCAGAGACGUCCGGCAUAUCUUAUUUCACAUGCAUCCCAUAAAUUAUAUUCGACUCAUGCAUUGCUCAUGAAAACCACCGAAUCUGAAGAAAGGAUCUAUUUCGUCCCAAUGGAUCUUCGUUUCUUGUCAGCUUCUAGCGAAUAUCUCUCCAUCCUUGCAUCGCGAUCAACAGCUUUAGAGAACCUUCUUAGAUAUAUCAAUCAAAUACAAUGUCUUAUGCUUGUAGAAUGGAAGUCAACCCAAGAAUUACCCAGCAGGUUCCUCCGAAACGUUAAUGAAACCCUUGCUGAACAAGAUAAUCGAGAUAUUGUACAGGCACUUUAUCAUUCAGUUGCAACUGGCCAUACCUUUCCAGUUGUGCGGGAAUGGCUUGUGGACGAACUGACAGAAAGAGGUCACAAAAGAUGGGACAAAGCCGUGGUAUCAGGUCUUGAAAACCUCCGGCGUUUAGUUCAUGAGAAUAUGCUUCCAGCCCUAGAUCGUUGUUCUGUCAUUCUCAGCCGAUUGAAUGGAAUUGCCAAAUUUCAAGGCUCGGAUUCUUCAUUGGGCUUUUCCAGUGCUCAAAUAACUUCGAUUAUGGAUACGAUCGCGUCUCUACAUCUUGUUUCUGCCAAAAUUUUACUUCAAGUAGUAGAUGAGCUCGACCUUUUUACUUCAUUUUCUGCUUGGCUUCGUCACGAGAUAGAUAGGCUCGCAUCUGAUGUGUCUUCACAAAAUGAUGAUGGCGAUAAAGAGGCUUUAAUUGAUCACGGUAAAGUAUUACUGUACAUUCAAACAGUGAUGACCAAUAGCCCUCUAGCAGCUUUCAUAGGCGAGGUUAAAUCUGAAGACUACGAGGAAGAAAGUGCGCAUGUAGGGAAAGGCGCUCAAAUGUUUGAUCUGCUCACAAGACAGUUAGAAAAGCAAGAGCAAGGUCUCAAAUACAGAAAAACUCUGCCGCAAGUGGAAUUUCUUUGCAAGUAUUUGAGGACUCAGGCGACCAGUAUCUUUACUCAAAUUGCAGAUGCCGAAAAGAGUAAUGUCCUUUUCGGUAAGGCGAGCGAACUAGGCAUGGCUCACAAAGAUGUGCCUGUCGAGAUGAAGAUGAAGAUAAUUGAUCGUAACACAUGUCAUGGCUACAUCGCCUUUGUGCCAAAAGACUUCUUGAAUCAAGUCCAAGUCGUUCAGGUUGAGCUUCUCAUCGAGAGUGGUAUCAGCACUGUGCGCAGCACAAGUUCUUCUAUCAUGCAGCUUGGCAAUGGGCAGAUCAAGGAUCUUAAAUUUUUGGACGACAGGACCAUACUCGUGCUAUGGGAGGCCGACGGGAAGUGCAAUCUUCUCGGUAUAUUCUACAGCGUUGGAGGUGAAGGCCACAUGAAAUAUCAACCUCAUAGAAUCUCUGCAAGUCGCUCUAAAGUAAUUGUUUUCAGCAACGAGGAGGUAAUCGACAGGUUUCUGCAAAGUGAAUUUGCAGUCGAUGAGUCAUUUAUCCCAGAAUAUAUGAUGAUCCGACCACAAAUUGGCUCCAAGAACAACGACGAAAGGAAGAGAUUAGUGAUUUUGGCCAAAGAUAGACUUCAUUACAAAGUUUUCAAAUGGACUGGGGCUCCCUCUGAGGGAAAAAUCGAUGAGGAUGUUCCAAUGUCAUGA